AUGAUGAUCAAACCAGUUUUUGAGAUGACAAUUCCUCCUCCGUUACGAAGCUACAUCAUCUCCUAUCUCAUGUCUUACUUCGACUCUAGUCCACCGACUCUCACGCUCAUCAUCAACAAGUACGAGAUCAAGAAUGGGAUGUGUAAUGAGUUCUACGGGGCUGCACAAGUUUAUCUCUCGACCAAGAUCAACCGUGAUGCGGCAGAGCUAAGGAUCUCUAGAGACCGCAGUGAGAAAAGCGUAAAUUUAUAUCUUAAUGUAGGAGAGGUUUUCUCCGAUGUCUACCAAGGUAUUAACCUCAGGUGGCAGCUUUUUGUUAACAACAAGAAGAGCACCGAUUUUGGGAAAAUCUUUAAGGGAAUCCUCCAUGAAGAAUGCUUCAAGCUGAGCUUUGAGAAGAAACACAGUGACUUGGUCUUGAACUCUUAUGUACCUUACGUGGAGAGCAAGGCAAAAGUGAUAAAAAACGAGAGGAAAAUCCUCAAGACGUACUCCUAUUGCAACAUGACCCUAAAAUGGAAAUCUGUGAACCUCGAGCACCCUUCAACCUUUGACACAAUGGCUAUGAACGACGAGCUCAAGCGUAAAGUGAUGGGAGAUCUUGAUCGGUUCAAAGAUCUUUACAAAAGAGUUGGGAAACCUUGGAAGAGGGGUUACUUGCUGCACGGUCCACCUGGGACCGGGAAGACUAGCCUAGUUGCGGCUAUGGCUAACUACCUCAAGUUCGACAUUUAUGAUCUUCGGCUAGCAAGCGUAAAGGGGGAAGCUGAUCUAAGGAGAUUACUUCUCAGUACUACAAACAACUCGAUUCUUCUCGUGGAAGAUAUAGACUGCUCUAAGGAUUUGCCUACACGGUUGCAACCUAUGACUCAUGAUGAUUCUAAGGGACAAGCAGCGUUGACUUUAUCAGGGCUCUUAAUUUGCAUAGAUGGGUUAUGGUCUAGCUGUGGAGACAAACGCAUAGUAAUAUUCACGACGAACAACGAGAGGCUUGAUCCUGCAUUGCUUAGGCCAGGUCGUAUGGAUAUGCACAUUUACAUGGGACAUUGUUGUUUCGAUGGAUUCAAGACUUUGGCGUUUAAUUACUUUGGCUUGUCACACUAUGAUCGACACCAUCUCUACCCGGAAAUCAAGCGAUUGAUUAAUGGACAAGUGUUGACUCCUGCUCAAGUUGCAGAAGAGCUAAUGAAAAAUGAGGAUGCUGAUGUGGCGCUCGAGGGUUUGGUGAGACUUCUCAAGAGGAAGAGGUCAGGGGAAGAGAAAUAUGAUGAUGCAUUUAGGAAGAAUAUGGAGAAACUGGAAGAGGGAGAGGAGGCUUGA